GGAUCCGGGCUGCUAGAGACGCUAUAACCUUAAGGGGGCCUCCGGGAGAGGGGAGCGGGGCUGCUGACGCCGGGAGCCCCACCCCGCCGCUCCGGUCCCGCGCCGGCCUGUGGCGGCGAGCUGCGGCCACAGGAAGCGGGCGGCGGCGGCCUCCCCAGGUCUCCCCAGCUCCGUGCACGGCUGGAGGAGGGAUCCGCCAUAUUGUGGCCGCAGCCGAAGGCGCCCGGCAGCGCGAGGCGGGUGGAGGUGGCGGCCCCGGCCCCGGCCCGGGUCUGGCAGGAGUCGGCUGCCCCGGGGCCCGCAGGGUUGGGGAGUGAAUGAGCCGCUCGCGCUAGUCUCCUCCCCGCCCACUCCCUCCGCUCUCCGCCGCCGGGACCGCGCCGGGAGGGGGCCGGAGACGGCCGUGGCGGCAGGAUGUUCUCCAAGAAGCCGCACGGGGACGUGAAGAAAUCCACCCAAAAGGUGCUGGACACCAAGAAGGACGCGCUGACCCGACUCAAGCACCUGCGCUGCGUCAUCGAGAAUGCAGAGUCUAUCGAUCUCAAGCAGUUUUUUGACCAACAUUUUUCACAUAUAUAUUAUGUGUUCUUUGAGAAUUUCGUGACUAUUGAAGCUAGUCUUAAACAGAAAGGUCACAAGUCUCAAAGGGAGGAAUUGGAUGCUAUACUUUUUAUUUUUGAGAAAAUUUUACAACUUCUUCCGGAAAGAAUUCAUCAGCGAUGGCAAUUUCAUAGUAUUGGAUUGAUUUUAAAGAAACUACUUCACACAGGAAACUCCUUGAAGAUCAGGCGGGAAGGUGUUCGUCUUUUCUUAUUAUGGUUGCAAGCUCUUCAAAGUAACUGUAGCAAAGAGCAGCUUUGGAUGUUUUCAUGCUUAAUCCCUGGAUUUUCUGCACCACAAUCCGAAUAUGGACCUCGAACUUUAGAUAAUCUCAUUAAUCCUCCACUCAAUCUUCAAGAAACUCAAGUUACUAUAGAGGAAAUCACUCCUCUUGUUCCCCCACAAUCAGGAGAUAAAGGACAAGAAGAUCUCACAAGCUAUUUUCUUGAAGCACUUUUAAAAUAUAUAGUAAUUCAGGUAAAAAGUUUAGAAUGGAAGAACAAAGAAAAUCAAGAAAGGGGAUUUUCAUUUCUGUUUUCACAUUUUAAGAAGUACUACUUGUCUUAUAUUUUUCCAAACAUGUGCAAGGAGAGCAGUUUAUAUCAUCCUGUACUUGAUAUUCCACAGAUGAGACCAAAGCCACAUUAUGUCAUGAUAAAAAAGGAUGCUGAAACAAAUGAAGCAAUAUAUUGUACGAAGGAGCCUUUCAUUAAGGCUCGUGUUAUUGUCAUUCGUUGGCUGGUUUCUUUCUGGCUUGAGCCAAAGCCACAUACAGGACCUCAUAUUCCUGGGAUGGAAGGUGAAAUCUUGCCAAAGAAUAUUCAGAGAGCAGCAGCUAGUUUGGUAUCCAGAGAAGAAAACAAGAAUGAUAAUACUGAUAAAACAGAUAGAACUACAGAACCAGAACAGUCUCAUUCUAAUACAAGCACUCUGACGGAGCGAGAACCUAGCUCAUCUAGCCUCUGUAGUAUUGAUGAGGAACAUCUCACAGACAUUGAAAUAGUUCGCAGAGUUUUUUCUUCUAAAAGAAGUAACGUAAACUUUGUCACGGAGAUAUUUCGUCAGGCAUUUUUAUUACCAAUUUGUGAAGCAGCAGCAAUGAGGAAAGUAGUAAAAGUAUAUCAAGAAUGGAUUCAGCAAGAGGAAAAACCUUUGUUCAUGCAAGAGCCUGAAGAAAUUGUGAUUUCUUCUUCAGACUUACCUUGCAUUGACAGUGUUGUAGAACAUGAUAUUUCAAUGGAAGAAGGAGAAAAGAGAGAAGAGGAAAAUGGGACCAACAUUGCUGAUCAUGUUCGAAAUUCCACUUGGGCAAAAAAUGGCACCUACCAAGAUGUUCUUCAUAAUGCCUCUGAAGAAGCCACAGAACAAAACAUACGAGCUGGUACCCAGGCAGUUUUGCAGGUGUUUAUUAUAAACUCAUCAAAUAUAUUUCUUCUUGAACCUGCAAAUGAAAUAAAAAGUCUUUUGGAUGAGCACACAGAUAUGUGUAAACGUAUUCUUAACAUUUAUCGGUUCAUGGUUGUGCAAGUAUCAAUGGACAAAAAGACUUGGGAACAGAUGCUGCUUGUGUUGCUCAGAGUCACAGAGUCUGUACUGAAGAUGCCAUCACAAGCUUUUCUACAGUUCCAGGGGAAAAAAAAUAUGACCUUGGCAGGUCGACUUGCAGGACCACUUUUUCAGACUCUUAUAGUUGCCUGGAUCAAAGCAAAUCUAAAUGUGUACAUAUCCCGAGAACUUUGGGAUGAUUUACUCUCAGUCUUGUCAUCAUUGACCUAUUGGGAAGAAUUAGCCACUGAAUGGUCACUGACUAUGGAGACACUAACUAAAGUUUUAGCUAGAAAUUUAUAUAGUUUGGAUCUCGGUGAUUUACCAUUGGAUAAGCUGAGUGAACAGAAGCAAAAAAAGCAUAAAGGGAAAGGAGUUGGACAUGAAUUUCAGAAAGUUUCAGUUGAUAAGUCAUUUUCUAGAGGAUGGAGUCGUGAUCAGCCUGGCCAAGCUCCAAUGAGACAGAGAAGUGCAACAACCACUGGUUCCCCAGGAACUGAAAAGGCGAGGAGUAUAGUACGACAAAAAACUGUUGCCAUGAGAAGCCGAUCCAUUGGUGAAUGUGCUCUGCCAUCGGCCUAUAUACGCAGUGCUAAAAGUGCUCCUGUUCUGAUCCAUACUUCCAAACCCUUCUUGCCUGAUAUUGUUCUCACUCCCCUUUCUGAUGAGCUUUCAGAUAUUGAUGAUACUCAAAUACUUCCCCGCCCAACUCGAGUCAGACAUUUUUCACAAAGUGAAGACACUGGGAAUGAAGUUUUUGGUGCAUUGAAUGAGGAACAGCCACUGCCUCGAAGUAGCAGCACUUCUGACAUCUUGGAACCAUUCACUGUUGAACGAGCCAAAGGUGCAGUUCCUGUCAUUGACAGUUCGUCCCGUCAUGCGCCAAGCUUGCAGAGUUCCACAGAGGCUUCUUCAAUAACUAGAUCCACUGAAAGCCACAUCACUGAUACUCAUAGUAGAGAGUCUUCUCUGGAAGUUGGUGAUAGCAUAUAUGACCAUCUUUGUCACUUAAUAGAUCCAGUAGAACUCGCAGAUUCAGCUUUUGAACAAAUCCAGUACAUUGACCUUGAAGGAGAUGACGAUCUUCUUUCCUCCCUGAAAGAAUAUUUUAAGGAAAACCAGGAAAAUCACAGUAAAAAUGAGUUAGGUAAAGAUGCAGCUUCUCAGGAAGUGAUUAUUGCAGUAAAUAGGGAUGAAAGGUCAUCCUUAGAUAAAUUAGAAUACCUAGAUCAAGAAAAUAAAUUAGAAAAUAUCUCCUCUUUUGUUGGGACUCCUGUAAACAUACAGUUUCAAAGAGAACAAAACUCAUCUGUCUUCAUGAAUAAUAUUUCAUCUAACCAAUUAGAUAGUUUUAUGAGAACAAAGACUUCUGAAAAAUCUAAGCAACUAAACAGUGAUAAACAGUCAUCGGAACCUAGUUCAGGUAGCCCUUGUGAUAAAGAAAAGAGGAAAUAUCUAUAUCGACAAGCAGCCACAGAAUUAGAUGCUUGUGUAGAUAUAACACUAGUUGAAAAGGUUAUAGAUAUGCAAAUUAAUGAAAACAAAACUGUCCCUCAUGUUAUGCAUGCCAAGAAAAGCACACUAAAAGCACCUGUUAACCGUAGAAUGCCUCAUGUUACAAACACUAGCAAGCUUUCUCCAACCAAAAGGAGCUUGUCUGAAACAGUAACUCAUAGAGCCAAAAUCAUGAAAAUUGCUACUAAAAAACGAACUAGUGUUCAUGUUACUUUUAGACCAUCUACUGAGUCAGUUCAGUUUUAUAAUCCUAUGGAAAACAAAGAGGCCCCAUGGAAGAUGAGACUGCGGAAGCUCAGUGGCUUCAGUAGUAGUAGCAAUAGCAACACCAGUAACCCCCCCCAUACCAGCUCAAAUAGUGUUUCUGAGCUAGUAAAACCUGGUGUGUACAGACCUCUAGAUACAGUUGGUACAACAUCAAUAAGUAGUAAAACAAUUAAGGAGUCUACAGAAAUUCCCACCAUAUUACAAAAGGAAGGAAUUGCAAGUAAUCAGCUAGGUAGUCGUAGUACUCUUAGAUCAUCAAGUCAUGAUACAGGACUACCGCAGGGCUCCCUGGGUGGCGUUUAUAAAACUGUUGUACAUGCUCUUUCAAAGCCGAAGGCAAAUGUUUCCCCACAGAGGCAGAACAGAAUGCCACCAGAGGCUCCACUGAGGGAUCUGUACAGUCAUGUAAUGGGCUAUUUUGGAAGGAAAGCUGCAGUCAAUAAAGAGGAUAUGAGCCCAAAACUGCCUCCUCUUAAUAGUGAUAGUGGCAGCAGCAAUGCUAAUGUUCCUGAUCUGAUGGAUGAGUUUAUAGCAGAACGACUUCGAAGUGGUAAUGCCUCAACUAUGACAAGAAGAGGAAGUAGUCCAGGCAGCCUCGAAAUUCCCAAAGACCUUCCUGAUAUUCUGAACAAGCAGAACCAAAUGCGCCCUAUUGAUGACCCAGGUGUACCCUCAGAAUGGACUUCUCCUGCCAGUGCAGGGAGCAGCGAUCUUAUCAGCUCAGAUAGUCAUUCGGAUUCUUUCAGUGCUUUCCAAUAUGAUGGACGAAAAUUUGACAAUUUUGGCUUUGGAGCUGAUACUGGGAUUGCAUCAUCUGCUGAUGUGGAUUCAGGUUCUGGUCACCAUCAGAGUACUGAAGAGCAAGAAGUGGCUAGUCUAACCACGCUUCACAUAGAUUCUGAAACAAGCAGCCUUAAUCAACAAGCUUUCUCUGCUGAAGUUGCAACGGUUACUGGGAGAGUAGAAGAGAGAGGGAAAGACAGAAACAUCGAUGUGAGAGAAACACAUCAAUUGGUUGCCUUGUGCACCAGUUCUGACCAGAGCCGGUGCCAGGGAGGAACCUGCAAUCAAGGUUCAGAAAGUGCUUCUCCAGUUCAUUCAGCUCUGGGAUCCAGGUCACAAACACCUUCUCCUUCUACAUUGAAUAUAGAACAUAUGGAACAGAAAGAUCUGCAGCUUGAUGAGAAACUUCACCACUCUGUUCUUCAGACGCCAGAUGACCUAGAAAUCAGUGAAUUUCCAUCUGAAUGUUGUAGUGUGAUGGCAGGGGGUACUCUUACAGGAUGGCAUGCUGAUGUUGCUACUGUAAUGUGGCGGAGAAUGCUAGGCAUUUUGGGAGAUGUCAAUGCUAUUAUGGAUCCUGAAAUACAUGCUCAAGUUUUUGAUUACCUCUGUGAACUUUGGCAGAAUUUAGCUAAGAUUAGAGAUAACCUCGGCAUUUCGACUGAUAACCUGACCUCCCCUUCUCCACCAAUUUUGAUACCUCCAUUGAGAAUUCUUACACCUUGGCUUUUCAAGGCAACCAUGUUGACUGAUAAAUAUAAGCAAGGGAAAUUACAUGCUUAUAAGCUUAUUUGCAAUACAAUGAAAAGAAGACAAGAUGUUUCUCCAAAUAGAGAUUUUCUGACACAUUUUUAUAACAUAAUGCAUUGUGGAUUACUUCAUAUCGAUCAGGAUAUUGUCAAUACAAUCAUCAAGCACUGCUCACCUCAGUUUUUUUCACUUGGUUUGCCUGGUGCCACAAUGCUUAUUAUGGAUUUUAUUGUAGCAGCUGGCAGAGUGGCUUCUUCAGCUUUUCUCAAUGCACCAAGAGUGGAAGCGCAAGUUCUUCUGGGAUCUUUAGUUUGCUUUCCUAACUUAUAUUGUGAACUGCCUGCUCUUCAUCCCAAUAUUCCUGAUAUUGCUGUGUCUCAAUUUACAGAUGUUAAGGAACUUAUAAUCAAAACUGUAUUAAGCUCAGCAAGAGAUGAGCCCUCUGGCCCUGCACGAUGUGUAGCACUUUGCAGUUUAGGUAUUUGGAUUUGUGAAGAACUAGUCCAUGAGUCUCAUCAUCCUCAAAUUAAGGAAGCUCUGAAUGUAAUUUGUGUUUCCUUGAAGUUUACUAAUAAAACAGUAGCCCAUGUAGCUUGUAACAUGCUUCACAUGCUGGUUCACUAUGUACCUAGACUUCAGAUUUACCAGCCUGAUUCUCCCUUGAAAAUUAUUCAAAUCCUGAUAGCCACUAUUACCCAUCUUUUGCCAAGUACAGAAGCUUCAUCUUAUGAAAUGGACAAGAGAUUGGUGGUAUCUUUACUUCUGUGCCUUUUGGACUGGAUCAUGGCCUUACCCCUAAAGACACUGCUCCAACCAGUCCAUGCUACGGGAGCAGAAAAUGAUAAAAUAGAAAAAUCUGUUCUCAAUUGUAUUUAUAAGGUAUUACAUGGAUGUGUUUAUGGAGCUCAGUGUUUUAGCAAUCCAAAGUAUUUUCCAAUAAGCCUAUCAGACUUGGCAUCUGUAGAUUAUGAUCCCUUUUUGCAUUUGGAAAGUCUGAAAGAACCUGAACCUCUGCACUCUCCUGAUUCAGAACGAUCUUCUAAACUCCAGCCAGUAACAGAAGUGAAAACUCAAAUGCAACAAGGAUUAAUUUCUAUAGCUGCUCGUACUGUUAUUACACAUCUGGUAAAUCACUUGGGCCAUUAUCCAAUGAGUGGUGGUCCUGCUAUGUUAACAAGUCAGGUGUGUGAAAAUCAUGACAAUCAUUACAGUGAAAGUACUGAACUUUCUCCUGAACUCUUUGAGAGUCCAAAUAUCCAGUUCUUCGUGUUGAACAAUACAACCUUGGUGUCCUGUAUUCAGAUCAGAUCAGAAGAGAGUAUACCUGGAGGAGGUUUAUCUGCUGGUCUUGCAUCAGCCAAUUCAAAUGUCAGAAUCAUAGUACGUGAUCUUUCUGGAAAAUAUUCAUGGGAUUCUGCCAUCCUAUAUGGACCACCUCCUGUAAGUGGCUUGUCAGAACCUGCAUCUCUCAUACUUUCAUUGUCUCACCAAGAGAAGCCAGAAGAGCCACCUAGAUCUAACGAAUGCUUAGAAGAUAUAACAAUAAAAGAUGGGAUUUCCUGUCAGUUUAAAAGAUUUAGAGAAACUGUACCAACUUGGGAUACAAUCAGAGAUGAUGAAGAUGUUCUUGAUGAACUUUUGCAGUAUUUAGGUGUAACCAGUCCUGAAUGCUUACAGAGAACUGGAAUUUCACUUAAUAUUCCUGCUCCACAACCUGUGUGCAUUUCUGAAAAACAGGAAAAUGAUGUUAUUAAUGCUAUCCUUAAGCAACAUACAGAGGAAAAAGAAUUUGUUGAGAAACACUUUAAUGACUUAAACAUGAAAGCUGUGGAGCAAGAUGAACCAGCCCCUCAAAAGCCUCAGUCAGCAUUUUAUUAUUGCAGAUUGCUUCUUAGUAUAUUGGGAAUGAAUUCCUGGGACAAAAGGAGGAACUUUCAUCUCCUAAAGAAAAAUGAAAAACUACUUAGAGAACUUAGGAACUUGGAUUCAAGACAGUGCCGAGAGACACACAAGAUCGCAGUAUUUUAUGUUGCUGAAGGACAAGAAGAUAAACAUUCCAUUCUCACAAAUACAGGAGGAAGUCAAGCAUAUGAAGAUUUUGUAGCUGGUCUUGGUUGGGAGGUAAAUCUUACAAACCAUUGUGGUUUCAUGGGAGGACUACAAAAAAACAAAAGCACUGGAUUGACCACACCAUAUUUUGCUACCUCUACAAUGGAAGUAAUUUUUCAUGUCUCAACAAGAAUGCCUUCUGAGUCUGAUGACUCUUUGACCAAAAAAUUGAGACAUUUAGGAAAUGAUGAAGUACACAUUGUUUGGUCAGAGCAUACUCGAGACUACAGAAGAGGAAUUAUUCCUACAGAAUUUGGUGAUGUCCUUAUUGUAAUAUAUCCAAUGAAAAAUCACAUGUUCAGUAUCCAGAUAAUGAAAAAACCAGAGGUUCCCUUCUUUGGCCCACUUUUUGAUGGUGCUAUUGUGAAUGGAAAGGUCCUACCCAUUAUGGUUCGAGCAACAGCUAUAAAUGCAAGCCGUGCUCUGAAAUCACUGAUUCCACUGUAUCAAAACUUCUAUGAGGAGAGAGCACGGUACCUGCAAACAAUUGUCCAGCACCAUUUAGAACCAACGACGUUUGAAGAUUUCGCGGCGCAGGUUUUUUCUCCAGCUCCCUACCAUCACUUACCACCGGAUGCUGGCUCCUACCCAGAGGUUCUACCCAGUGAAACUCCCACAGCAACGCAGGUAGAUGGGGCCGACCUGGCCUCUCCAAUGUCUCCUCGAACUAGCAAAAGCCGUAUGUCCAUGAAGCUGCGUCGAUCCUCUGGCUCAGCCAAUAAAUCCUAAGGAGAUGAGCAGCCCAAGCAGAGAUCAGCAGUAGCCACCUUAGCAUGAACUUAGUGUUAACCCUUUUGGGCUCUUAUGUUUGCCAUAGCAUGCAUGUUCCUUCCUGAACAUUUAUUGUAAAAAGAACACUGGAUUUAAAUAAUUUGUAACUUAAUAUUUUAGAUUUGAGUUGUUUAUUCACUUGGUUUCCCCCCACACUGCAAACUGCCUUGGGGGAGAGGGGCAUUUAGUAUCCCUUCACCUUUCUAGAUAAUUAUGUCUAAGAAGUUUUACUUUUAAUUUCAUGAUUACCUUUGAACCAAAAUAGAAUGGUUCUCGUUAUUUUAUUUAUCAUGCCCCAUUGCAACUUUAUGGGCUCAGUAAAUAUAUAAUUUUUUUACAAAUGUAAAUUUUUAAAUUUAAGCAUUUGUAAAGUUAUAGCAAAAGUUGCAAAUCUGUUAAUACACAGGAUGUGUAUGGAUUAUUUAUGUUAUGAAAAUAAAACAUUAAAAUAAAUGGUCUUUUAGCAUCACAAAUUCUAACUGAAAUAAUUUUAGCAUUAACUUUUUCUUCCCAAAGCAAUGCCUCGUUUCUUGGCUGUAUGGUGACGCCGUGGCAUAUCUAGUAACCAGAAAAAUCACUGUGCUAACUUUGAUUUAAGUUUAGCUUCAAUAUUUUUCUAAUGUUUUGCUUUUUAAAUGGUAUCACUGUUAAAUGCCUCUUUUUUUUUUUUUUUUUGAGAUUGUGGCCCUUUAUUAUUGGCUAGUGGAUCCUGGUGUACUUAUGUUCUUUCUUAAAUACCAUAAAGGGGAGACUUGGGAGGAAAAAAGAAAAGAAGGAAAAAACUUUUCUGAUAUAAAUGUGUUAAUUAAAUUAUGUGUAUUUUUUUUAAAAAAAAGGAACAUGACCCAGGAGUCCAAAUUAAAUCUAAUAUUGUUAAUACUGAACUUGCAGGUGCAGUUGGUAUACAUUCCACUCUCCAGAGGUAUUUUCCUACAGUAGAUAAGCUGCUCACAUUUUGCUCAUAUUUUGUUUUAAACUGGCAUCUCCUAAGGAAAUGUAGCAUGGCAUCGGUACUAACUGCAUGUGUAAAUACAUCAUACAGCAAACUAUAAAAUAUAAAUUAUGUAUCAUUUUUCAUGUAGUAUCUACAAAUUUGUAACAGUGAAAAAAAUAUAUAUAGUAUUUAGUAAUACAAUAAAAAUAUCACUUAUGUCCA